AUGUCUGCAUUGCUGCAAUUUAAAGAGAGAUAUGACACCACCAAGACUCUAUCUUGGAAAAUUAGUCAGGAUUGCUGCUCCUGGGAUGGGAUCGAGUGUGAUGAGAACACGGGCCAUGUUAUUGUUCUCGAUCUGGGAAGUAGUUCUCUCGGUGGUUCUAUCGACAACAACAGUACCCUCUUCCAGCUUACUCAUCUUGAAAAGCUUGAUCUCAGUGACAAUCACUUCUACUCUCAAAUACCGUCCCGAGUUGGAGAUCUCUCGAGAUUGACUCAUCUCGACCUCUCUUUUUCCAUUUAUUCUGGCCAAGUCCCCACAGAAAUCUUCAAGCUGACGAGGUUGGUGUACCUCAACUUGUGUGACAAUUAUUUUUUAUAUGAUCCAUAUCAUCCUAUUUCUACACAUCCGUUGGAGAUGAAAGCACUGGGCCUGAGAAGCCUAGCUCAAAAUAUGACUAGCCUGGAAGAACUUUGCCUUGGUUCCGUCAAAAUUUCAUCCCAAGUGCCCAACACUCUAGCGAAUCUGUCAUCACUGAGAAGGCUGGACAUGUCUCGGUGCGACCUGCACGGUGUUUUUCCAUCUACCAUUUUUCAUUUACCGAAGCUGCGAUAUCUAGAUGUGGGUGGCAACGAAGCUCUCACAGGCCGAUUGUCGGACUUUAACUCAAGCAGUCCUCUUGAAGAGCUGGGACUGCCAGCCACGAGCUUUUCUGGGGAGCUACCCUCCUCAAUUGGAAUCCUUCCUUCCUUGAGCAAUCUCGAUGUAAGCAACUGCGAAUUCUUAGGAUCCAUCCCGGCUUCACUUGCUAAUCUUAGCAACCUCAAAUACCUGGAUGUCUCAGGGAAUCAUUCACUACCCAGUCCAUUUCCUCUCUUUCUUGGAUGGCAACCAAUUAAGCGGUGCUAUCCCAUCUCAGCUCAUGAACCUCACUCAGCUAACUACUUUGAACCUCAGAAGUAA